AUGGCCCUCCUGGCUCACACCCUGGCACUGCUGGCAAUGACCAUGGCAACUGCCAUUGCCAUCAAGGUGGUGCCCCUGGACAUGGCCAGGGACUCCUUCGAUGACCAGUACCGGGGCUGUGGCCCUGCCAUGACAGCGGCGUUGCCAGCCCUCUUUAACUUCGAGUUCCAGGUUAAUCCUCUCUUCACCCAGACCUGGGUGAAGGCCGAGGCUGAGUGGCACAAGCGGGGAUCUCCUGUGUCCCCUCUGGUGUCCCCAGCCCAGGCCGUUGCUCUCAUGGCCUACACAACAAAGGACAUUUACAAGGACUUCAACGCGGCCGUGCGUGCAGCCGGGCGCUCCCGCCAGGAGUACCAGAACAACUUCCACUUCAAAACGCUGCAUUUCCUGCUGACCCAGGCACUGGUGAAACUGAAGCAGGCUCAGAACAGGCAUUGUCACCGCGUGUUCCGGGGUGUGCGUGACGUCCGGUUCCAGGCACGGCGUGGCCAGAGGGUCCGGUUUGGUCAAUUCACAUCGACGUCGCUGAGCAAAGAGGUCGCCCAAAAAUACGGGACGGACAGCAUAUUCGAGGUUCAGACGUGCCACGGUGUGGACAUCCAGGCUUUUUCCUUCUAUCUGAGCAACCGAGAGGUGCUGAUCCCGCCAUACGAAACCUUCAAGGUCACCAAAGUCACUCAGGAUGGGAAGAGAGCAAGGAUCAGUCUCCGCUCCACUGGAACCUUCAGCAAACACAACUGUGCAUGGCUGUGA